CCGGCAACACUUAAACACGUCUGCAAAACGACCGAAAACGUGGCGUAUAACUCACUCAUAAAGCGGAAUGUUUAAACGCACUCUAAAUCAGUUAAUCAAUAGAAUACCACCUUCGAAUUUUCCUGCUCUUGCCAAUUGCCAGCUACGACGUUUCAUUAGUGCCUCCGUGGAAAAUGACAAAUUCGUGGUGGUGUUGCAAUCAAAUAGCCAAACAGAAUCGUCGUCCUCAUCCUCGUUGGCUCCGUUAAAGUUCCCCAGUGUUUGGCUGCGUGAUAAUUGUUGUUGUGCCCAAUGUUUUCAUCCCACAUCGAAGUCACGUAAACAUGACUGGGAUAAAUUCGAUGUUAAUGUUCGAGUUAAGCAGCUACAAACAAAUGAGCAAACCAAACAAUUGAUUAUCGAUUGGAGUGAUAAUCACCGUUCAGUGUACGAUCUCGAAUGGUUGCAGGAACGUGCUUUCAUCGAUGCUCGUCGCCAGGAGUAUUUACAUGAUUUCUAUCGUCCCAAACCCAAGCAUUGGAGUGGUGCUGAUUUUGAUAAAGUCACUGAGAUUUUUGAUUUUCAUGAUGUCAUUAAUACGGAUGAAGCCCUCAAGAAAUGGCUUGAAGCCUUAGCCAUUUAUGGAGUGGCCAUUAUAAGAAACUCCCCCAUAGAGAAGACGGUCGUGCGCCAGUUGGCAGAAAGAGUGGGUUUUAUACGUCGUACUACAUAUGGUGAGGAGUUCAUUGUGCAAUCGAAACCAGGUGCCAAAAAUGUAGCCUACCUCUCCGACCCUCUGCCACUGCACACGGAUUUGCCCUACUACGAAUACAAGCCAAGUUGCAAUAUUCUACACUGUAUGGUGCAAUCCAAAUCCGUGGGUGGCAGUAAUCUCCUGGUGGAUGCAUUCCACAUUGCGGAUUGCAUGAGAGCUGACUACCCAGAGGAUUACAAAAUUUUAACGCAGACAUUGGUGGACUGGAAUGACAUUGGCAGUGAGGAUGACAAACAUUUUCAUAACAUUUGGCGUGCCCCAGUGAUAUGUUUAGACAAUGACGGAAAUUAUACGCGCAUAAAUCACAGUAUACCUCAACGUGACAGCCAUUUUUCGGUGCCGCUGGAUGCCGUAAUACCAUGGUAUGAGGCCUAUGCGAAAUUUGUACGGCUGGCUCGGGAGGAUGCCCACUCGUUUAAGACGAAGCCUGGUGAUGUGUUGACUUUCAAUAAUAUUCGUCUGUUGCACGGCCGCACCGGCUACGAUGACACCGAGGAGAAUGUACGAUACAUUGUGGGUGCCUACUUGGACUGGGACAUAAUUUAUUCCAAGUUGAGGGUAUUGAAAACGCAAGCGGGAGGAUUUUGAGAAGGAAAUUGGAGAAAAGCAGUCAAGCAAGUCACAAUACAAACAAAGAAAAAUAUUGGAAAAUCUGGUGUUUGCUUAACGUUCCUUACUUUAAGAAGAAAACUUGUUUAAAAUGUUAAAGAGUUGGAAAUUUAAAGAUGUUUUAUUUCAGUUUACAUUUACAGAAUAC